AGAACAUAAUGAUACGAGCGGAAGCGACAAUAAUCUUUCAUUUUCUCACUAUAUCAGUUUUGAUGUGAAAUUAUAGUUUAGUAAUUUGGUUUAGUUUGUAAGUUGUAGUGUUUUCUGUGUGCUUCUAUCGUUACUAUAAUGGUGGAAAUAGGAGUGAACCAACAAUCAGCUGACGAGAGUUUGGAGAAUGCAGAAUGGUACUGGGGUGAUAUUACAAGAGAUGAAGCUAAUGAAAUCCUUAGGGAUACCUGUGAUGGUACUUUUCUGGUUCGCAAUGCAUCCAACAAAGAUAGUGGUUAUACAUUAACUGUUAGAAAAGGUGGCACAAACAAAUUAAUAAAGAUCUACAACCAAGAUAACAGAUAUGGAUUUUGUGAACCCUUUGAAUUCAACUCUGUUGUGGAUUUGGUUAAAUUUUAUAAAGAAUAUUCCCUGGCACAUUGCAAUAGCAGUCUUGAUAUUAAACUCAUGUACCCAUUGUCAAGGCUACAAGAGAAUGAUGGUGCUGAUAAUAUCAAUGAUGAAGCCCUCGAGUCUAGGUACAAGGAGAUCCAUAAGGAGUUUGUGCUAAAAACCAAGAAUUAUGAUGAAAGAUCUGAUUCAUAUAUGAAGCUAAGAGGAAAACUCAAAAUGAAGAGGCAAUCUCAUGAUGCUUUUUGUGAAGCUGUCAAAGUCUGUGAGGAACAUUUAAAGUUACAAGAAAAAAUGCACACUGAAGCACAACCUCAUGAGAAAAAUGUUCUCAUAGAAAAUAACAAACAGUUAGUAGCACAAGUGAACAACUUAAAACAAGCAAAAUUGCAGUUAUAUAAUUUACUGAGGGAAACUGUUGAAUCUAACUUAUUGCUUGAAAGAGAAAUAACCAAAUUAAAAUCUGAUAUCAUUAAUCUAUACAAACUAAAGGACAGAUACAAAGUAUGGCUUAAACGAAGAGGUAAGACCGAGGAAUAUAUUCAAGCUUUAGAAAAUAACAACAUUCAUGUUCUUGAACAAUUGUAUGCACACAAUGAGUCAAUAAGUUGGAUGGUGGAAAAUUGUACAAGAGAUACGGCAGAGAAAAUGCUUGAAGGAAAACCUCAAGGAACAUUUUUAAUAAGACCCAAUUCAACGGGACAACUGGCAUUGUCUAUUUGCUGUAAUAAUAUGGUUUACCAUUGCAUCAUUUUCAAGACUGAAAGAGGAUAUGGAUUUGCAGAACCUUACAAUAUUUAUAAAACUUUGAACGAACUUGUUCACCAUUAUGCCAUCAAUUCGUUAGAAGAGCACAAUGACCAAUUACGAACCGUUCUGAAAUACCCAGUUAAUGCUCAUUUGGUGAAAAAACCUGAGAAGAAACAGAUACAAGAAAUACCACAUCAAGAAACAACGCCAUUACAAGAAGUGCAGCAGAUGGAAACACAGAUAUUGUCAUACAGACGGCAACGAAAGCAACGUCUGCAGAUGCCCUAAUAUGUGAUCCGUUUUGAUCUAGUCUGUGUAUAUUUUAAUGAACAUUAUUUACAUAUUUUAUUACAACCCAGUGAUUAUUUGAAUGUGUAAAGAAUCCUGAGUAUUAUGUGCAUGAAUUUUGUAUGAUAAUGUUUGAAAUUCAUCGUAAUUCUUCUUAGUUUGUUGAGGUCGUUUCACAGUAAUAUUUCACGGGUCAAGUGAGGGAAGUGAAACUUGUAAUGGGCGUUUUCAAGUAUACGCAUCUCAUAAAGUAAAAAGUAGAAUGUGUUUGCAAUAUUAAAACAGGUUUGUGAGUGCUUUUACGUAAGUAUUGCUGAGUUUCCUGUAGAUUUGUGAUAUGCCAAGUCGUUUUGACUUGUUAAGAUUAUUUGGGAAAUUCAUUAGGUUUACGUACUUUUAUAUAUGUGGAAGAGAAUUGAUGUUUGUGACUUCGAGUUUGUAAAUUGUGCGUGGUUUUGUAUCAUUUUGUGAAUUCUCGCACGAUAUGGUAUCAUUAAAUUCUGGUGUAGUGUACGGAUAUAUGUAUGUAUAAUCGUAGAGUUCAUAGACUAAGAUAAUUGUACAAAGUGAUGAUAAAUAUUAUAGAUAUAUUUAUUUAAGUACUAAUUAUAUUUUACAACAAAGUUGAAACACUUUUUUUAGUUUUUUAUCGGGGUAAUUACUGCAUUAUAACAAUUUUUUUGCAUAUGAGCAGAUAAUAUGAUCUCUGAUGUACUUUUGUGGAGGUAGCAGCCACUUUCAAUGUUGUAAAUUCAAGCUAAAAAUAUUGGCUCUGCCAUCAUUUCCUUUUUUUGAGUUUAUUCAGAUGUAAAUUUUAAAAUGUCUACAUACUUUGCACUUAGUGCUACUACCUAGUGUACAGAAAACUAUUUGAAUCAGGCAUGAUCAGGAGCGGUGCUAGGUACGGUCCGAAUUUGUGGUUUGCUCAAAGAUGGAGGAUAACUUUGUAAUUAAAAAUAUUACUAAGGAAGACUCAAUUUGGCAAGGUACAUCAAAAGUAUCAAUUCUUAAACUUUUUCUCAUACCACCGAAAAAUGUCCAAGUGAACUAUAAUUUAAUGGCUAGAUUAACUAAUGUUUUCGAUUUUUUUACAAAUUUAUUACGCUUUGACUUUGGCCUCUUUUAUGCAACUUUGGUAUGUCCAUCACAUAUUAUAAACAAUUAAAAUCUCAGUCAUGACAUUUGUUGGUAGAUCUUCUAUUCUUCCUAUAUUUGGUAAACCAUUAAAACUUUAAUUAAAACAUACUCAAUAUUUCGUCAAUUAGAUAUUUUACUUUAUAAUAUUUACACCUUUUUAU